GGAUCAGACUCGGUGCCAGCUCCAGAUCAGGCCACCCCCACUCCAGAGAUGGCCCAUGGCAGGAGCUUCCGGAGAGCAUACUCCCUCCGCACCCCCAAAUCCCCCAGCCUCCUGGAUUCUACCUAUGGCCACCUGGAGGACAAGACCGAUAGCUCGGACAAGGCUAAGCAGAGGGCAAAGAGGAGAGCUGUGAGCAUGAGGGGGUGGAAGAGUGGGGUGGAAGAGUCCCCAGCUGAGAGGACCCCCACCCCAGGGGAGAUGCCCCACUCACUAAGCCCCGAUGAUGGGGAGCUGCUGAUCGGCGAGGCUCAGAGCAAGGGCUCUCACAGGAUGAAGCAGUGCAAGAAGCAGGUGGACCGAGCCCUCCGCAGAGGCUGGGAGACCUUUGUGGCUAACCUAUACAGCGUGACACUGAGCCGCCCAGCUCCCCCCUCCGAGGCCGCCCCCUUGCGGUGAGAACAUGUUGAGGAACCAGAAGAAGAAACAAUGACUCUGGGUGGCUGGGCCACCCCCAGAGACAUGAACUUCCUAGAGCAGCGUCAGCCACUGAUCUGGCUGCAUUGGGGACAGGGUGCUUUUUUAUAACGACUGGAGAUGGGCCUGGGCCACCCAUCCGGAUACAGAUCAAUCGAUCUGUCCCCCAACACUGAUCCAUCAUCUGUCCAUCCCCAUAUACACCUCUCUGUCUGCCCUCAUAUACACUUAGCUAUCCAUCCAU